AUGGCGCUGUACGGUGCCCCGAUCUGGGUCGACGCCCUCACUGCUGACAAUCGGGCCCUGCUGCGGAAGCCGCAGAGGGUCAUAGCGGUGAGAGGCAUCAGAGGUGGAGGCGAUCCUUCCCCACUUGAGUCGCUGGGUCGAGAGGAAGAAGGGCACACCACCUUCAGGAUGACACAGGUACUUACCAUGCACGGAUGCUUCGGUAAGUACCUGCACGGAAUAGCGCGGCGGGAGGUGUCAACCUCCUGCCACGAGUGUGGUGCGCCAGACGACACGGCGCACCACACCCUGAGUGAGUGUGCUGCGUGGAGGCCCCAGAGACACACCCUGGCGGCCACUAUGGGCGGACACCUCCCGCUGCCGAGCAUCGUCAACGAAAUGCUCGGUAGUGAGACGUGCUGGUCGGAGAUGCGCUCCUUCUGCGAAAACGUGAUGUCACAGACGGAAGCCGCGGUGCGGGAGCGGGAAGAGGAUGCCGCUGCAGACCCGCUCCAUAUUAAUUGGUUUAAUGUCUUCGAAGUGGUUGAAAGGGAAUCAUUACUGCAGUAUGAGGGCGGAGACAAUAAGGAAGAUCCACACAAAGACUGCUAUGACCACCAGACCGUCGUGUGUACUCAGCUUUGA